CUCCUCAAUCGACGUCUGCUGGGACCUUCCUAUCCAGAGACUGUCACCCGAGACCCUGCUGCGCAUGAGCGCGGGCUGUGUCCCCAGGACCGAGCUUGGAAUUGGUGCCCUAGAGCCAGACUCCAUGAAGCUGAGCCAUCGAACAGGUACAACCAAUCUGACCAGGCUUCACCACCAGGACUGCAAGGAGGGCCAGCAGGAGGGAGACCCCUGGGAGACUGCCUUCAGCAACGGGGAUACCUCCAAGUUCCAGGCCCCCAUCUCCCCAGGUGCCCAAAGCGGUGCGCCGGGGCAGGGAGCCCUGGAGGAGGUCCCGCCUCCGCCCCCUACCCCAGCCAGCCAGGACUCUCUGGGGAUGGACCCCCAGUCUGGAGCCCUGAAGAAGGGGGGCUGCAGAGCUCAGCCUGAGGACGACCCCAACCUCGGGGUCCCUCAGGACCAGAAGGCCAGCAUCAUUCCUAACAACAUUCGCCACAAGUUCGGCAGCCAAGUGGUGGACGAGCUAGUGACGGAGGAGCAGGCUCAAAGGGCCGUGGACGAAGCGACGGGGACCCUGAGGAGGACCAGCUCGCAGGCCGGCAGAACGCAGACCCCUCUGCAGAUCUCUCCCACCGUGGCUGAUUAUUAUGAUUUGGGCUACAACAUGCGGUCAAACUUGUUUCAAGGGCCCCCCCAGGAGACCAAGAGCCUCAUGAAGGCUUCGUACACACUGGAGGCCAUCCAGAAAUCAGUGCGAGGCAUGGAACACUGGCAUGGCAGGAAGACGGAUGAGCUGGGACGGUGGCACCAGAAAAAUACUUUGAACCUGAGCUUGCAGAAAGCACUGGAAGAGCAAAUUGAAGAAAGGCGCAAAUCCAAGAGUUCAAAGUUCUAGAUAGGAGGCAGAAAGCACCCUCUGCUCCGUUU